AUUAAUUAAUUAAAACAUACCGUUUAGGGAUUCCUUUCUGCACAAGUGUACACAGAAUUUCCCCUCGUCUCUGUUCUUUUUUGCAGACCCCUCGGACCUCAUCGGAGCUCCAUUUCCGUCCGCGCUCCUCUUCCUCUCUCCUCCUUCAAGCAAAAUUCUGGCGUAAAAAGAAUCGAAAUCUGUUGAAUUAUGGUGAAAUCCGCUAAGUCUCACCUCGACGAAGAAGAUGAACCUGAUGGUUACGACUCCUCUUCCUACAGAGGUGAAUUAGCGAAGGUAGAUGGUAGUAGCAGUGAUCACAAGCUGAAUACGCACAGGUCCAAGCAUUCGGAGACAGAGCACCGUAGAAGGAGCAAGAUUAAUGAGAGGUUCCAGAUUUUGAGAGAUCUUAUACCUCAAAAUGAUCAGAAAAGAGAUAAGGCUUCAUUCUUGUUGGAGGUUAUAGAGUACAUUCAGUUUUUACAGGAAAAGUUACAAAUGUAUGAGGGGUCAUACCAAGGAUGGAGUCAAGAGCCGACGAAAUUGACACCCUGGAAAAAUCACAACCCGCCUGUAGAAGGUUUAAUGGACCAUUCCCAAGUAUUGAAGAAUGGUUCUGCCCAUAAGACUACUGUCAUGCUCACAAAUGUAAACAACUCAACUGAAUCUGACCUGGGAACCACUGCAGUUCCAUUUAAUGUGCAAGUGCAGGCAAAUAUGUUUGCUGCUGUUGAGAGGGAGGGUGUAAUUGCUCAGGCUGUGCAGGAAUCUGUUUCAGAUACUGAGAAUAUAGCAUACCAACUUCAAUCCCAACUGUGGCAGGGUCGACCGUUUGCUUCUGAGUUUACUGUUCCAAACAAUACAUUGAAUGGACAAGAGGAGCCAAUGAUUGAAACUGGAUCAGUUAGCCUCUCAAAUACAUAUUCUCAAGGGAUAUUGGAUACUUUGACCCAAGCUCUACGGUCUUCAGGUGUGGAUUUGACUCAGACAAACAUCUCAGUGCAAAUUGAUGUUGGCAAACAAGGAAAUAGGGGAGCAGCUAUUAUGGCAUCAAGUUCAAAGGAUCAAGAAAAUGCGUAUUUUAACAAUCAAGUGAUGGAACAAAGUGAAGUUGAGAAUCUAAUGGAAGACUCUGAUCAGGCUCAUAAGAGACUGAGAACAGAAAAAAGCUAGUGUUUCAUUGUGGUUUAAAUUCAUCCAUCUGAUUUCUUCUUUCGGUUCCCAUUUUGGAAAUGGUGUGCUUUUCCAUUACGCCGAGGUCCUUGUACAUAUCUACUUGUCUAUGCUGUAUGCUUUGCCUGGUUGCUUGGGUGGAAUCUCCUUCAUUGGGCAGGGGAAAAUAAUAAAAGAGUUAUUUAUUCUUUUAUUGGUGGCUGUCGUUUCAUCCAGAGGCUUCCAUGCACAUAAAGAGAACUUGCUUUUGAUUAUGCUUUUCGAGGUAUGGCAGCACGGCCUGAAGGCUUCUAUUGGCUAUCGAAUCUCUCUUCGGGCAGCUAUUGUGGGCAAGUUUUGGUCCUUGGGUUUGUGUUGGGCAUUCCUACAAUUUUUUGUGGUGCAUUUUUUUUUAAUAUAAAGGUUCAUGCAUUUUCAGGUUA